AUGCUAGCAAUUAAUGCCCACUGGAUGUCCCCUGAUUUUCAGCAAUAUCGAGCCUGUAUUGAGUUCGUUGAAAUCGAAGGCAACCACUCUGGAGAGAAGCUUGCUGAUAUCGUCGCGACGGUUCUCGACAGGUUUCAUAUAUCUGAUAAAGUGAUGACAAUUACAGCCGACAACGCAUCUAAUAAUAACACCCUACACCGGUGCCUCUACCAAAAGCUGUCUCAGCGGUAUGAUAAGUACCUGGCUGAGACUAUCAUCCGAGAAGGGAUGAUGAAGUUUACCCAGAACUCCCAAAUCCGCUGCUUUGCUCAUAUCUUGAAUUUGGUCAUGAAAUCUAUACUGAGGUCUCUACGCGCGAGUUCGCAUAAGGAAGCCUGUGGUCUUCUUGAUGAUGUUGCUAAGGGAAGCUGGAAGACUAUCAAUGCUCCUACUUCGCCUAUUGCAAAGCUUCGACUACUUGUCCUUUGGAUUGCGCGAUCUCCCCAGCGAAUACAGAAGUGGGAUAAUCGGCCUAGCUAUACAAAAGCUAUUAAUUACGAUGUUGACACUCGAUGGAACUCUACCUUUGUUAUGAUUGAGAGAGCCGAAGAGUGUCGCCGGCAGCUCGAAGAUACAGUCAACGACGAGCCAGAUAUUGAAGCCUUGCGUCUCACACAUAACGACUGGAGACAACUCUCAGAUAUCAAAAAAAUCCUGACUCCCUUCAACGAAUAUACUGAGUACGUCUCUCGAGACAGUCCUUCAAUUCAUAUGGCGGCGCGUAUGUUUGAAGAGCUCCGUUCUAUACUCCUCGCUAUUAAGGAACGACGAGGCGAGUGGCAGAAAACCUCGGCAGCAAUAACCAUUUCUGUUUCCGACGGAAUCUCACUCCUGGAGAGGUACCACGACUGUGUUAAAGACAACGACAUAUACUAUAUCGCAAGCAUUCUGGAUCCUCGAAUCAAGACUAAGUGGCUCAAAACGCUACCAGAUAGAGACAAGAUUAUCGACCGAAUCAGGGCGUUCCUGAAGAAAGCAUAUCACACCCCGGAACAGCCUGCAUCGACUGCUCUAAGCACCAAUUACAAGAGCUUCGAAUAUCGAUUUUUGGAGGCCUUUCAGCUAACGCAGUGUAACGUCGCUGAGUCAGAUAUCGACUAG